AAUACACUUCACAAAUUGCUGUUAUGGAUUUUGGUACUCAAGAUCAACCAAUUCCUACUACUAUUUAGACCCUUAUCAAUGUAAUGCUAAGGGAAAAAAAGUUUCGGAUGGAGGAAGCAGUUGUUUGUGCAUAUUUCCAAGCCUGUGUUUCAUGACUCGACAUAUGUAUCAAAAUAGAUAUGAAGACGCAACUGGAUUCUUCAUUCAUCGAAUGCACGUAGAAUCAAUUAAUGUACCCCCGUUCAAAAAACUUCAAGAAGAUCCGAUGUGGGUAUACUUAGACUUUCACUGGAGUUUUAGUCAUGCACCAGACAUCGUGAAGUCGAGAAGGAGAAGAAAACAAAACAUGUCCGAGCAAAAAAAGCCAUCCUGGAAUUACUAUGCAAUCGAAGUACCAAACCUCAUAUAUUCUGUGUGGGGAACAUUAGGGUGCUACGAUCCGAGGUUUGGUCAGAGAGCUGGAAAGAAUCAAGCUGGAAUAAACGUUGCCAUUCUUGCGAUGCAAUUUUUGUGUCAUCCCUCAAGAUGGGGUCCCGCCAUAUUAGAUUCCGCAGUUAUCUGCGGUGACUGCUACUACACGGAGAGUUUGAGGAGUGCGGUCCGCAGAGGCUGCAGGCAUCCGAAUAGAUUCAACUUGCAGUCGACUUUCAAGGUGUUUCCACACAUCUGGACGAUUGAGUUCAGAGAGAAUAUGUGCGGAACCUUGUACGGUGGACAAGGAAGGCUGACACUUGCCGCCACAUUAAAAUUGGCGUUUGAAGAGGCACCAAAUGUCCUUAUCGAAUGCAACAAGGCCAUAUUUUCAAUCUUGACUGCGGAGGAUGGCUACUACGUGGCAGACUCACGUUGGACCGGACCUCCACUUUUUACCAGAAACCACGGUGCCGUUUAUGUGUUACGAUGUCGAAAUAUGAAUUCUCUCAUCUACGCGCUGACCAAGAUGUUGAACACCAACCAGCGACUGGAAUUUCACAUAACUCCAGUACUCCUGACGUUUACUCAAGAAUCUUGCAGACUUGGUGGUGAAAAGACUUUGAGCAAGACUCAAAAGCAGAUUCUGCUCGAUCCGGUUUGUUAUUCUCCAACUCGCACUAGUGACCCAGCAUCUCAGAUACCUGGAGCAAUAACUGUUGGUGACGAAGAUACAUACCUCAAGUACCGUAGUAAUCUCAUCAGGGGUCAGAAACACGGUGCUGAACUUGAAAAUCCACCGAUCGAUACACCGGAUCCCAUAUUUGCUGAAGUAAACAUGAAUAAUACGUUGGUCAGCACCAUGUGGCAUCUAAAUGUUGGUCAUCCAAUGCCCCACAAACACUCGAAGAAGCCGCGUGAUGAACGUAAUAGAAUUCACGGUCCCCCGGUACCUGUCAGAACUGAAUACCUAACGUCCACACCGUGGGAUGUUGAUUCUGGUUAUCCCAGGCUGGUGGACUUUGCCGAGGAUGCGACCGUGCAGCUGACCGAAAGGACUUCGGAACAGUUUGAACUUGGCAAUGAUUUUACUCCACUCAUUGAACUGGAUACUGUAAUUCCACCGCUCUGCUCUGGGGCACCUAGCUUCAUUACAGACACCUCUAGAAUGGAGUAUGCAAAAACACUGAAGGAGAUGGCUGAUGACUACUACAAAAAUUACAAACACAGAGUAGCAGCUGACUCUGAGGCAGAACAGGUGGCAGGAAAAGCGGAUGAGGAACAGAAAUCAAAAAUAAAAGUGGAACAGGAUGAUGUAGACGGAAAAACAGGUGCAGAAACGGUAACUCCAGACAUGGAACAAGAGCCUUCAAAAUCUGAGGGUCAAACUUGAGUUUCAUUCGAAGCAGUAGUUCAAAGAUUAGGCAAAUCGUCGAUCAUCAUUAAGUGGUCUGCCGUCCCUGGAAUUGUCUCGCCCUUGAUUAUAUAUCAGAAUACAUACUUUCUUGUGUCCACCCUCAAUCUUCAGUCGCAACUUCCAUUAUGACAUUUGUUGUACAGUACCUGUAUAGUGUAAACCAAUGAAGUGGUGCCUUUUGAUACCUCAAGUUUUCAAGUAACCUGAAUCUGUCCUAUUACAUCGUUCUUUGUAGCACAUUGCUCUGGUAAUAUGCAAUCUAAGA